AUGAGCAUGGUUGAGAUCUACAAUGAGACUGUGGUCGAUUUGCUAAGCAGCACAAAUCAAUUUGAGACAGUAGAUGUCCGCAAUUCCGGGCAUGGCUUUUCUAUUGUUGGCGCCAAUUGGGUCGGGGUGAAGGAGGAGGACGAUAUCUUAUCUGUCUCUUUGUUGGGCACCGAUCGGGUUUCUGGUGCUCUUACUCGUGGCAAUUUGACAUUAUGUGACCUCGCGGGCAGCGAGCGAAUCGAGAAAUCGGGGGCCACUUCGGGCGAGCGCCUCGCAGAGGCAACUAGUAUCAACCUCUCGCUCACUUCUUUGGCUUCAGUGAGUUGA